GUCUGGCGAACCGUCGAAGAAACCGAAACCGUUCGUCAGUGUGUGCGAGAGCAUAGAAAUUGCGCUGUGUGCAAGUACGGGUUUUCCUUCCCACCAUAAUCAUUUCUUUUCUUCCCCUUGGUGGCAAGGGUAAUGUUUCCGGUGUGGUGAAGGUAGUGACGGUGGUGUAUCAUCAUCUCGGUGAAACGUUGUACCGUUGAAUCAUAGUGGCAACCGCGACCGUGCCGUGCACAGUACCACGCGUCGUGCAGUGCUGGUCGUAUCGUUCCGUGUUACCAGUGAAAGUGCGCGUCGAACAUCAAAACAAUACGCCUUCACUUCAAUCAACCAACAACAACUAGAAACCACCGACCGCACCAACAGAGUAGGUGGUGAAUGGACGAGCACAGAACGGAAAAGGAAAAUUUCGCUCCGUCACGAGAAAAACGCCACCAAUCGUUUCGGUGUGUUUUAGGGGAAGGAAGUGCGGUGUGGAACAGUGGUGGUGUGCAAAUUUUGCUAGCAACAACCGAAACCCCACCGCGGGGGUUACAUUUGCUCGUCGGAAGAACGGUUCAAAAAAGAAAAAAAAGCAAGGGAAAACGUGUUUUGUUUGCUCCUCGGCGAAAAGAGCGUGAAGAUAACAUGUGAAGCAGAAAGAGUAAAAUUACCAGCAUCAAUCGUGCGAUAUAGAAGAAUCAACACGCAUAUCGUAUUCAAUAAAAAAAGAAUAAUAAGAGCCAAGGUUGAGAAGGCACCCCCCGAAUCGUGCGUGUGUUGCCUUGGCGACCCCUUUAGUAUUGCCGUGUGUAGAAGGAAAAGUGUGGGGGCCGAUUCCAUUCGGUUCCGGAACGCAUUUCGCCCUCGUAAAUGUGAGGCUUUUCCUCCUUUUUCCAGCCCAGUGUGAGCAAGCACAGUAGCAGGGGGUUUUUGCUUAAAGGGAGUCCCUCCCCUUUCCCUGAGCAGCAUCUUUUAUAGCCGUGUACCCGUCUGCGGGUGCGAGUGUGUGUGAGUUUUCCACGUUUUCCUCCAGCGGGGACGGGGCGGUCGUUCGGUCGUGCGUGAAAAUUGUGUGCACGGCAUCAUGGCGGCCACGGCCGAAAAGGAACCACCGGUGGGGACGGUGCCGACGGCGGCGGCAACGGUGGCGAACCCUGCACCAGCAACAACCGGAGCGCCCCGUGCACGGUCGGCCAACAACCAAACGCAAAACAAUCAACCGGACGAAAUACACUACGUCAACCCGUUCGUGCACAAGCUCGUGUGGGAUGAUCCGGUCGACAAGGCGAAGACCGCACUGUUAACGGUGAUACUGCUGCCAUUCCGUGUCGUGCUAAUUCUCGUCUGUCUGGUGGUGGCGUGGGCCCUCGCCAAUAUCGGCCUGUACGGACUGUCCAAGGAAGAUCUGCGCACAAAGCCUUUGGCGGGCUGGAGGCGACAGCUGCGCCAGCUAACCGCGCUCGUGAUGCGCGCGCUGUUCCUGUUCGGCUCGUUCAACUACAUCCGGUACAAGGGUGUGCGGGCAUCGCCAAAGGAAGCGCCGGUAAUCUGUGUGGCGCCCCAUACCGCCUUCUACGAUUCCGUUUGUGUCGUCCUGUUUGGACCGUCGGCGGUCGUCGCCAAGUACGAGACGGCUUCGCUGCCAUUCUUUGGAAAACUGAUUGACUAUGCCCAACCGAUCUACGUGUGCCGGGAGGAUCCGCACUCGCGCCAGACGACGAUCCGGGAGAUUAUACAGCGCGCCAACUCGAAGGAGGACUGGCCCCAGAUACUCAUCUUCCCGGAGGGUACCUGCACGAAUCGGACAUCGCUGAUCAAGUUUAAGCCGGGCGCGUUCUAUCCGGCCGUGCCGAUCCAACCGGUCCUGAUGCGCUAUCCGAACAAGAUCGACACCGUCACCUGGACCUGGGAGGGCCCGAAUGCCAUUCAACUACUGUGGCGCACACUGACGCAAUUCCACACGUUCUGCGAAAUCGAGUUCCUUCCGGUGUACUACCCGAACGAGGCGGAAAAAGCGAACCCGAAGCUGUACGCCGACAACGUGCGUAUGCUGAUGGCCAAAGCGCUAGACAUCCCGAUCUCGGACUACACCUUUGACGACUGCAAGAUGAUGACGUUUGUCAAGAACGUCGGUAUGCCCCAUCCGGCAGCAAUUGCAGACGUCGAGAAGCUGCGCGAAACACUUCGAAUUGACGUCUCCGAUCGGGAGCGUACGAUUGUGAAGAGCCAGCGCGAGUUCACCGACGCGAACUGUUUGCUCACGUACGCACAGUUCACCGAGCAGAUGAAAAUUGAUCCAUCCGAGGAGGCCGCACACAAUCUGUUCCAUAAAUUGUACAGGCCUGGAACUCCGGACGUUAUCGAUUUCAGAGAGUAUCUUUUACUUGCCUUAUUUCUGGUGACACUGUACAAGCCGAAGUUAGUUUUUGUUGAGUUACUUUUCCACCUUUACGGUGUGGAUGGACGCGUGGAUCGUAACCAGCUGCACGAUACGCUCAAGUAUCUCGUGCGUAUUGCGCGCAAAGACGUAAACAGUAUCUUCCAGCAGGCGGAUCUCGACAAUCUUGGAACUAUUGACUACAAUCAAUUUCUAAACGCAAUCGAGCAUAAUCCGCUACUAGCAAAGCUGCAGAAAAAUAACGAUCCCAACAACUUAAGACUGGGCUAAAACAAUAUUCAUACUAUCACUUGUGCUACGGGUGUUCCCCAUACGGACCACAACGGUUUUUAUGCUCGCCGGGGAUAUAUUUUGGCGUAUUUCCUACUUAAUGUCGAAGCGAAAAUGGAGUCGAAUUGGAAUCUUCAACCCAAGAGCCGUAAAAGUACGGUUCUAUAUAUU